AUGCCGCCGCCGCUCUCGUUUUCCUUCUCGUCGAACCUCAGCACGCCGCUCACGACGACCUUUGCCGGGGCGCACGCGCUCUGGUGGCCGUGCACCUCGCGGGGCGCGCCCAAGAUCUUCCUCCUCUUUGUGCCGGGCAACCCGGGCCUCGCCUCGUAUUACAUCCCCUUCCUGUCCACCAUCCACCAGCACCCGGCGCUCCGCUCCAGGAUCGAGAUCCUCGCCGUGUCGCACCGCGGCCAUGCCCCGCUGCCAAAGGGCUCCCACCCCGUGUGGGGCGACAACGAGGAGAGCAUGCGCGAUGCCGCUAGGGGCUACGGCACCACCCUCAACGACCAGAUCCGACACAAGAUCGCCGCUGUAGAUGCCAUCCGCAAGCGAUACCCGUCCAGGCAGCACCGGGCUGGUAGCGGCGAUGACGCUGGCGGCGACGACGACGGCGACGGCGACGACGGCGGAGACACACAGCUGGUCCUCUGCGGCCACUCGGUCGGCGCCUACAUCUGCACCCAGAUCCUCAAGGCGCGCCCGGACGCCGUCGACGGCCUCCACCUCCUCUUCCCCACGCUCAGCUGGAUCGCAAACACGCCAAACGGCCGCCGGCUGCGCCCGCUCUUCCACCCGCUCUUCUACACGCUGCUCCUGCCGCUCCCGCUCCUGCUCCUCUCGCUGAUCCCCCUGGCCUUCUUCGUGCCCCUCGUCAGGCUGCUCACGUCGCAGCCCAAGGUGGCCGUCACGUCGACCGUCGACCUGCUGCGCACGCCCGGCGCGGUGCGCAACGCCAUCCGCAUGGCGGCCGACGAGAUGAAGACGAUCAAGAGCCUCCAGGCCGACGUCAAGCACGCCGUCACGACGUUUGCCGCCGCGCGGCGCAGCGAGGGCGAGAGGGCCAAGGUGCUCCGGACCUACUGGAGCCGCGGCGACGAGGACGGCUGGGCGCCCGCCUGGCUGCGGUCGCAGGUGGAAGCGGAGCUGAGCCUGCAACGCAUCCACCUGCCCACCGAGCUCCACACCAACCCGGCCCUCUCCAACGGCCGCAGCUCGACCAACCUCGUCGCAUCCCCGCUCUCGGAGUCGCCCCCCUCGUCGCCCUCGCCAUUGCCGACGUCGCCGCAGCCGUUGACGACGACGCCGUCGUCGUCGUCGUCGUCGACCCUGACGUCGCCGCAGCAACGACGACGACGACGAGGCCAGCAACGGCAGCGCACCCGCUCCUUCUCGCUGUCCGAGUACCGCUCGGCCAGCGCGACGAUGCCCAAGCUGCAGCAUGCCAAGGCCAGGAGGAAGCCCACGGGCGAGAUUGUCAUUGAGACCACCGUCCCGGACAGCGACAGCGACAGCGACAGCGAUGGUGACAGUGACAGCGGCGGCGAGGACGCUCGAUCCCCCGACGGUCUGCAGCGACAAGGACAAGGACAAGGACAGCGACGACGCAGCCGUGCCAAUACCGGUCUCGCCGCAGACGUCGAGGCCCGAGCGACUUCGACCAUCUGCAAACUCGGCAUGCCCCAUGCCUUUUGUCUCGACCACGGCGAACCAAUGGGCGAGAUCGCAGCACACUGGCUCGUACGCGACCACCUCUAG